AUGUCUCAGAAGCCCAGAUACUUGACAGACGCAGAGCGUGAAAAGGUUCUUGAGUUCCAAGACUCUAUCCACUACUCACCAAGAUACUCUGAUGACGCAUAUGAAUAUAGACACGUAAUGCUUCCAAAGCAGAUGCUCAAGAUAAUCCCUUCAGACUACUUCAACAGUGAGACUGGCACCCUCAGAAUCCUCUUGGAAGACGAAUGGCGUGGGCUUGGAAUAACACAGUCCCUUGGAUGGGUUCACUACGAGACUCAUGCCCCAGAACCUCAUAUAUUAUUGUUCAAAAGACAAAAGAAUUGA